AGUAACUCGCAAUACUGCACUGACGUCAUUUGAGGUGGUCAAGGUGGGCAUUUGCCCCUGUGGCCCCGUCUGGUUUUAAAAGCAGCCCAAUUGGCUAGUUGUUGGUGAAAAAACACAAUUAUUAGUUGCCAAUUAUCAAUAGUCUGUAUAUUUUUCAUAGCAAGGAGUUACCAAAUUCUAUAAACUGAAAUUUGUUAUGGCAAUAAAUAGAAAUAACAAAUAUAUAUAUUAUUAUACUGAUGGAAAACAGAAAGGUCGAUUUUGGCAGAAAAAUGUAUCACCCUUAGGUAAAUUCUACAUGCACAGGGUGAUACCUGUUUCCACCAAAGUCGAAAAGUGUACCUUUUUUCCACUUAGAGUGUAACUUGGCCUUUUUCAUCAAUACUAUUACCAUACAUUAAUGAGAUAUUGACCACAUUUUCACUAAGACAAUUUUUAUACCAUUUAAAACUAUUAUACAUUAUACAUAUUUAUUUAAAAUACUAUAAAAUAUUACAUUUUAAUAGGCAAAAUUAUUUUUAUAGCAAAUUGCUAUUAUCAAUAAUAAUAGAACUCUGUACCGGUAAUGAGGGUUUGAAUUGGUCGUAUGCUACGUACAUAUCAAUAUAUUAUAUUAAAGGAAAAUUACCGAAUAAUUACAGCUUUGACCAGAGGUAUUUAAACUUUUUCAUCUCGCGGAUCUUGAUUAAUUCCCCAUGUUUAUGUGAAGAAAAAUUCAAACAGUAGGCCUUGUAAUCGAUUAUACAAAUAAAUAAUCUAACAUAGGAAAAUGGCUUGGACAAUCGUUUUGGUCUUACAUUUCUGGAUCCAAAUGAAGUCGAAUUAUAAUUGGAAUAAGAUUUUAAAAAUGGCAAAACAUAUAAUGAACAAAUUUCAAAGCUUGUUAUUUUUUAGAAAAUACAUCCAUAAAAAAUGAUGCAAUAUUUUUACCCAGUUUUGAGCUAAAAGAGAAGGGACAUUGGAGAAAACAACAAAUUAGUUGCAGUGUUAAAUUUCCGAAUGAGAUUUGCUGUGUAUGUACCAGGAAAUUUGGAAAGACCUGCUCCAGUCUUAUAUCAUUUGGGUGGUAUGUUAUGUUCCGAACAAACAUUUAUACAGAAGUCAGGGUUUCAACGAUGGGCAGCACAUUAUGGAAUAAUCGUAGUGUCACCAGAUGUCUGCCCUAGGGUUAAUUUAGGUGUUGAGAAUAAUAAAAUUGAAGCUAAUGGCGAGUCAUAUUAUGUAAAUGCCGUGAAAAAACCAUGGAGUAAAAAUUUCCAAAUGUAUUCAUAUGCUAACGAAGAGCUACCUAGUAUUAUUCAGGAGAAUUUUAAUGUCAACAAAGACAAGCAGUCAAUCAUGGGUCACAGUAUGGGAGGUCAUGGUGCAUUAAUAAGCGCCCUUAAAAAUCCUGGCAAGUUUCGUUCAGUCUCAGCUUUAGCUCCGGUUUGUAAUCCAUCUCAAUCACCCGGUAUACAUUUAAUAUUAAAGUGUUACUUUGGAGAUGAUACAAAAACAAUGGAGAAAUGGGAUGCUACCUGCUUAGUAGCUGAUUAUAAAGGACCAGAGUUAAAUAUUCUCAUACAUCAAGGAUAUAAUGAUGCUCAUAAAGAUGAUUUAUGUUUGGAAAGUUUUAUAAUCGCUUGUAAAAAGGCAGGGAUUGCAGCUUCAAUAAAUAUAGAAGAAGGAUAUGACCAUGGUUUUUAUUUCAUUUCAACUUUUAUAGAACAGCAUUAUCAUCACCAUGCUAAAUUUUUAUGUGACUCUUAAUAAUUUAUUAAAUUGUAUGUAUUUUUAAGUAGUAUUUAAUUUAAAAGUGGUUAAAACUGUUAAAACUUAUAUGUUACCAAAAAAACCUUACCAAACUUAAUUUUAAUUUACAUAAUUUAAAAGUUCAUGGAAAAUAAAUUAUAAUAAAUAAUAAUUGAAAAAUAGUGCUCUUAUUAAAUUUGAAUGUAACGAUAGAUUAUCAUAUUUAAAAACACGACUGAGCACAAAUCUAUAAAAAUUAUAUUAGCUGAUAUUUUUUCAAAAUUGCCACCAAGGAUACACCUUCAAAAGUUUUUUUUACAAUUGUCUCAUGUUAUUGGUUUUUAUCUUACGCCUAAGUAUAGUUACAGAAACUUAAGAAUACUGAAAAAUUACUUUUAUAAAGGUAAAUUUUUACAUCAUUAUGUUAUGUAUAUAUUAUGUAAUAUAUAAUUUUUUUGAAUCUGAUUUAAAUUAAAAAUAAUGUCUCAAUUGCUUAUGAUAUAAUUGACAGCACGAUACAAAUUAACGAAUAUACAAUCCGAUAUACUAUAUUCUUUAUAUUAUCAAAGAAUAUAAUUAAGCGAUUAUUACAAAUUUACAUACUAUUUUUUUGUAGUUCGUACCUAUAUUGUAUUAAAUUAAAGAAUGCUGGAGUCAGUUUUUUAAAAAAAAAAUGUUGAUAUUAGAUUGGUACAGUAUAAUUUAAAAGAAAAAUAGACCAAUAAAUUAAUAGGUAUAAUAUGUAUUUAUUUAUUGUCAUGUUCACUUAGAUGAUAAAAUCAUAAAUUUUAUUG